AUGAAUAUUACAUUAAAUGAAAGGAACUCUUAUUAAAUACAGGUAUGAACAUCAAUAAAAUCAUAAAAGUUACAUAUUCUUCAAUUCCCGAUAGAUUAAAGAUACUCAUUGUUAUUGAAUAUAUCAUACAUUAAAAACAACACAAUAUAUUAAGCAAUUGACUCUUAAGCAUUUUAUUCUAAAUAGACAUACUAGAACAUAUAUAUUAAUGAAAUCAACAAAAUAACAAUAAAUGUCUAGUAUAAAUAGAUAUGCAAUUACCAUGAUUUAAAUGUAAAUAGUUUUAAUUACUCACUUUACAUCAUAGAAAAACCAAAACCUAAGAACUAAUGCAAAUUUCCUUAUUUUUCUUUGAAUUGUGAUUAAGAAAUAGCAUAAGAAUAAAUUUCUACGCUUAAUUUAACAGUUCCAAAAUAAAGUUGGGCAUAUUUAUAUUACAUACUUGAUUAUAAUGAUUACACAGUAAGAAUUUAAAUAAGCCUAAGUUUUAUUUGGAGAACGAUGAAUCUGAUAUCGGAAUAUCUUUUAUACUUGCAGGUAUCCCUUAAUAAACUGAAUUGCCUUCAUUUGAUUCUUACUUUAGUAUAAUUCCAUAGCUUUAUUAAUACAAAGUGGAUUUGAAGAGAUAAGAAAAAACGAUAAAUUAUAUAAUAGUGAUUGGAAUAUAUAACUUUAAUAUAUCAUAAGAAGCUAAAUUAAAAAUGUAUUUAGAAGAAAUAAAAAAUGAUUAGGAUGAUUUACCAAUAUGGGCAAUUUUAGUAAUUAUAGGAAUUCUUUUAUUGGCUAUUUUAAUAAUAUCAUCAAUAUAUAUUCAAAUGAGGAGAUAAUUUAAAGUUUUAUCUACUGAUAUUCCAGCAUUAAAUAGAGAAAUAUUAGAUUAAUAUAUGCCUGCGAAAAAAUCUAUACCUGAAUUAAUCAAUGAGGAAUGCUGUGUAUGUCUUAAUGCAUAUCAAUAAGAUGAUUUAAUAAGAGAGUCCAUAUGUCAUCAUAUAUUCCAUGAUUUAUGUUUAUCUGAGUGGUAAACAAUCUUAUAAAUUGAAGGACUAAAAAAAAUACAAGUUGUCCUGUGUGUAGAUAAGAAUUUUCAGAAAUUGAAAUCAAAAGGCUAUUGACACUAAAAUUUACCGAAGGAAGUCCAUUUAAUAAUCAUAAAUAAAAAGCUCCAUUUAUAUUAAAAUAUUCUAGUCUAAGAAUAAUAAAAUCUCCUAAAGAAAUUCCAAGAAAUUACACAGAAGAUGAUACCAUUUAAUAAUUUAAAUAAGGAGAAAUAUCAUAAUAAGAAAAUUCUGUCUAACCUUUUUAAAUCUAAUGA